GCCUAUCCCACACCUCUCUCGCUCCCACCCUAUAAAAACCCUAGCGGCCUCCGUCCUCUCGAUUUCUCCGAUCCAAGGGUUUCCUCGCGCCGCCGUUGCUUCCGUCGCCGCCGCCGCCGCCGCCGCAGCCAUGCCGUCCCACAAGACCUUCCGGAUCAAGAAGAAGCUGGCCAAGAAGCAGCGCCAGAACCGCCCCAUCCCCUACUGGAUCCGCAUGCGCACCGACAACACCAUCAGGUACAACGCGAAGCGCAGGCACUGGCGCCGCACCAAGCUCGGGUUCUAAGCGGGGGAAGAGAUGCCGGGCACCGAUGCUUGGGGAAACUGGGGCUUCACGAGCCGGCCUCGGCACGCUUCUAUAAGUCUCCGCAAGCUAGGGAGCUUUUGUUUAGAUUUUGCUUUGUUGAAGGGAUCUUAUCAGUUGUGCUUGUAGCGUACUGAGAUAUCAUGUUUUGCUGAUGGUUGAAGAACAUCCUUCAUAAUUAUGCAGAAGCUAUCUUGAUCUGCAAUGUGUUAAUCAGUUGAUCCAGCCAA